AGAGGUGGACAACUGAUGGAACGUUCCCCUAGGAAGAAUAAAACUGUUCUCACAAGGUAGUUUGCUCAGAUUAGACUGAGCUCCACACAAGAAAGCUCUCAACCAACAGUGACUGGGAACGCUUGAGAACUCCUGAAUGAUUGGUUGAGGCCUUGGAGAGAAAACGUUAAGACCUUAAAUUUUGCCGUCAGUUCUGUUAAGCAGCUAUGGAAACAGAAAAGGAGCACGUUUAUGUUACCCCAACAGAACUUGAGAAUCUAAGUGAUGCUCCAUUUUCUGGUGAGGAAGAAAAUGGUGGGUCUGAGGAACAAAAGACUGAAAUCAAUGGAAAUUGGAUUCCUGCAACUUCAAUUACUGAAGCCAAAAUAAAUGCUAAAGCAAAGAGACGGCUGAGGAAAAAUUCUUCUAGAGAUUCUGGGAGAGGAGACUCUGUAAGUGACAAUGGAGAGGCACUGAAGAUUGGAGUUGUACCAACGAGCCCAAAAGGGAAACUCCUGGACAGGCGAUCCCGAUCUGGAAAGGGAAGAGGUCUACCAAAGAAAGGUGGAGCUGGUGGUAAAGGAGUUUGGGGAACACCGGGUCAAGUGUAUGAUGUGGAAGAAGUAGAUAUUAAGGAUCCUAAUUAUGAUGAUGACCAGGAGAACUGCGUCUAUGAAACAGUAGUUUUACCUCUGGAUGAAAAAGCAUUUGAAAAAACUUUAACACCAAUCAUACAGGAAUAUUUUGAACAUGGAGAUACUAACGAAGUUUCGGUAUGGCAGAUACCUUUUUACUUAUUUUAGGGGGCAAAUCUGUAGCAUACAAGGGAAUUCAACUGCUGGCU